UGUUUAUUCCGCAAGAUAUGUUUUUCUAAGUCGGAUAUUUUUGGCUGGGAAAUACGUAGGAGAAAUGUUAGGUUUACAGACAGGUUUAACCUGACUAAAAUAAUCACUCACUUCAUACUAUUGUCAUUUAAAUCAUUAGCCACUAUUCGCCUAAGUUACUUGUCACUUGCCAAAAAGCUCAAAUCUGUGAAGACUGUUGUCAUGACCGCAACACAACAACAAAUGUCAUGAAGUCUGGCUUUAAUACAAAUCUUACAAGGUAAAAACAAGUAUCCAACUGUUUCAAAACGCGCGUGUGACUUGCGGGAAUGUUAAUCUGACCGUGGUUUCAAAGUGUAACUCGAUCUGCAUGAAGUUACACUCUUACAGAAUUGGCCUUGCUUUAAUAAAAGGUAGAAUUUCGUCGGCGACAUCUGUGCUCUCCCAGCAUCAAUAUCCCGCCUGAUUAAUGAUGCCCUCUUUCUUUUCUGUCGGCUUAUAACUGGGACAAAGACUUUCUCCAAGUUUGGCCUGCCCCUUUAACAGCAGUGCAGCCCUAGUGGUGAUUAUCGGACAGUCCGAUUCCCUGGAAACUCUGCGGCGCAGCUCUCACUUUAAACCGGGAUCAUGGCGGCUCCGCUCGGGCGGGACACACUACCUGAGCACUGGUCCUACGGAGUGUGUAGGGAUGGCAGGGUCUUUUUCAUCAACGACAAAACUCGCAGCACUACUUGGCUCCAUCCCCGCACUGGUGAACCUGUCAACUCAGGACACAUGAUACGAUCAGAUUUACCGCGGGGAUGGGAAGAGGGCUUCACCGAGGAAGGCGCCAGCUACUUUAUAAACCACAACCUGAGAACGACGACGUUCAGACAUCCUGUGACUGGACAUAUCUCCUCAGAAAACACUGACUUCAUUUUACAGGACCAGGCAAAUUUACGCAUGUCCAAGCCACCACCAGAGCCAAGGCCUCCCAGUAUGGUCAGCGAGUCCUCUGUCGCUGUCUCCUCAUCCCCUGCGGACACCACCUCAGGAUCCAGGAGUUUGAAACCCAGUGGGAAGGUGCAUUGCUUUGGCAAGCGUGACCAUUCCAUCAAAAGGAACCCUAAUGUCCCAGUGGUGGUAAGAGGAUGGCUCUACAAACAGGACAGCUCAGGAAUGAGACUGUGGAAGAGGAAAUGGUUUGUGUUGUCCGAUUACUGCCUGUUUUACUAUAAAGAUAGUCGAGAAGAGACGGUUCUGGGUAGCAUUCCUCUGCCCAGCUAUGUAAUUUCCCCCGUGGGACCCGAGGACCACAUCAGCCGCAAGUACGCCUUCAAGGCUUGCCACACGGGAAUGCGCUCCUACAUUUACAAUAAGAAUUCUCUGAUUGGCUCGCAGGCCGAGCACUGUGGCAUGAGGACCUAUUUCUUCAGCGCCGACACACAAGAGGACAUGAAUGGCUGGAUCCGGGCCAUGAACCAGGCUGCGCUGAUGCAAAGCCAUGGCGUGAAGAGAGAAGCCGAAAGAAGCUUCAAAAGUGAGCAGCAAGCAGUCCCUCAGACCAACCAUUUCAGCAGCAGCAUCAAAAGCUCCUCCCAGGCCGAGGGCCUCCAGCAGACAGUGCAUGUGGAGGUGGCAGAGCUGAGGCCGGAGCGAGAUGGGGAGGAGUGCUACGUUUACAGCAAGGAAGUGUUCGAGGAUCCUGUUAAAAUCUCCUCUGGAGAGUUGGAGAUGGAAGGGAUUUCCCAAUCAGGUGCCCAUUCUCGCCCACCUUCCACGGUGCCCGCUCACAGGAACGGGAUGCCCCCCUCGGGCAUACCUCCUGAUCAGAACGGGAACGUGGUGUAUAAGAGGGGUCUCGUACCCCGUACAGACACAGAGAAAAAGGUGCAAAGGAAAACUGCGCUGGCUCAGGUUGAGCACUGGGUGAAGGUGCAGAAAGGAGACCCAAAAAGCCAUCCCACUGCUGAUUACACGCUACCCAGACGGACACCACCUCUCCAGCCUAAGUCCGUCAUGAUGGAUACGUACCAGUCGUUGCCAAAGACCACUCGCCACCACUCCGGAAGCAGUUCCCCACCAGUGCCCCGCAACCUGCCUAGUGACUAUAAGUACGCCCACGACCGUCUUAGUCACUUUCGUAUGUCGACUGAUGAGCGGUUGGCCACUAAAGAGGGCAUGGUGUGGCAGCUGUACGAGUGGCAGCAGCGCCAACAGUUCCGCCAUGGAAGCCCCACUGCACCAAUCUACACCGGCCCUGACUACAUGGACACGUCUGCCUUCAGAGUUACUCUGGAAAUGCCACGAUCCAUAUCUGUGCCACCAUCACCAUGUGACAUACACCCACCCGGCCACCCCUCCAAGUCCUUGUCCCCACGCAGGCCCCACACGCCCGCCGACAGGGUGACAGUGCGCCCACUGGAUGACUUCGACACCGUGGACACUCCCAGUUUGGGUUCUCCCAGAGGAAUAUGUUCCCAGAUCUCAAAGACCUCACAAAUAGAGAGAAGAUCCAUGCCAACGAUGGGAUACAUCACACACACAGUCAGUGCACCAAGUCUGCAUGGAAAAACGCCGGAGGAGUUGACCCUGCUGCUCAUCCAGCUCAGGAGACACCGGGCCAAGAUGGCCAGCGUGCGCAGCGACACAUUCACACACCUGCAGAACCAGCACAACGGCCUCUCAGGCCCCAGUUUGCAGGCAGAUGACACUUACAUCCAGCUGAAGAAGGACCUGGAGUAUCUAGACCUGAAGGUGGGCUCUAGUGGAUCUGCCUUCACCUACCUCCUCCUCUCAUCUUCUCCCUCUCUCCUCAAGGUAACUGGACGUGACUCGCUUAAAGGUCGACCACCUCGGCCAGUUAAAAUAGCUGAAAGUGACAUAGAUGUAAAGCUUAGUAGGUUAUGCGAGCAAGACAAGAUCCUACAGGAGCUGGAGGCCAGGAUACGCACACUCAAAGAAGAUAAGGACAAGCUCGAGUCAGUUCUGGAUGUUUCCCAUCAGCAGAUGGAGCAGUACCUGGAUCAGCCCGCCCAUGCGGAGAAGAUUGCCUAUCAACAGAAGCUGUUACGGGAGGACGUGGUUCACAUCAGGGCGGACAUCUCACAGGUGUCCACGGAGAUGGAGAACGCUUGGGCAGAGUACAGCCAAUUGGAGAGAGAUGUGGACAGACUGCGUUCAGCCCUUCAAGACCAGAUGUCCCACAGUGCUCUCUCUCAGCAGGAGAAAUCUCAGCUGAGGAAGGAGCUGUGGCGGAUCGAGGACGUGCUUGCAGGCCUGAGCUCCAGCAAAGACAACUACAAAGUGACCAUUGACUCUGUUCGCAAUCCAGGUGAGAGUGGGCCCCUGCCUGCCAUCACCCCCAUGCACUGGAACACAGACCGAGAGAGGAAACUCGUGCCUUCAGUGUCAUUUUCCGCAGUGCCUUCUCUCUCUGCGAGCCCAUCCAUGGGUGAACUGAAAGCUGCUCAGCCCAGCCCCCAUCUCAGCCCGGUGCAGUCUACCCAGCAGCCCUUGCAGCUCUCACAUACAGCACACAAGCCAAAAUGGCCUGAAGAAGACGCUCCACCCAGACCCCCUCUCCCUCACCUCUACAGUCCAGACGAACACCCCCCGGCUGUGCCCCCUCUCCCCAAAGAGACCUCCGUCAUCCGCCACACAUCAGUCCGGGGCCUGAAACGACAGUCUGAUGAGCGGAAGCGUGAUCGUGAGAUCGGGCAGUACCCUAAUGGAGACCAUAAGGUUGAGAUACGAGCGUUCCUGAGUGAGCCUGAGCUGCUGGCAGUUGGUGGCUUGAGCCGUGAUAGUGGCUACCAAACUCUACCAAACAGAGGCUUGACAGGCUCAUCUUCAAGACUGAACCAGUCAUCAAACAUUUCAUCGUUUGUGACCAUCAGAAGAGGACUCACCACCACAAGCUUGAAGCCAUUAAUGUCUAAACCGCUGGCCACAAAAGUGAGUACACCCCUAAGUGCUCCUCUGGACCCCACUCUCGAGCCAUGGCGGAGCAGGCAGAGCAGGGAGCCACCAUGUCGGAUCGGUUUCUGAGGCAGACUCGUGGACAAAAGAGGCCUCUGGAGCGCAGUGUGCAGCCCACACACUCAAAAUGGUGACCGCCAUAACAGGAAGUGUUAAAAAAAAAAAUCCUUAGGGGAAACUUGCUUGGCAGCCGUGGCGUGACGAGGCUUAGGCAUGGCAGCCAUCUUGCGAUGAGGCUCAGGCGUGGCGGCCAUCUUGGCCAGGGAAUCAGGCAUGGCGGCCAUCUUUUGCCGGGGACUCGGGAAGAUCAGCUGAGACCUGACGAGACUCUGGACGAUCAGCUGAGAUGUAACGAGGCUCUGGACGAUCAGCUGAGAUGUGACGAGACUCUGGAAGAUCAGCUGUCAUGUGACGAGACUCUAGAACGGUGGCCAUUUUCCAAAGAGACUCUUGAGUGGCGGCCAUCUUGCAACGAAGCUCUUGAAUGGCGGCCAUGUUGUGAAGAAUUUCUUGAGUGGCUGGCAUGACGUGAGCAGGCCCUGGAGUAGCAGACAUGACGUUAGCAGAAUCUGGCUUGGCAAACAUGAUGUGAUCAGGCUUUGACUUGGCAGGCAUGACGUGAGCUGGUUCUGGAGUAACUGGCAUGAUGUGAACAACUCCUGACAUGAAGGUCGGGAUGUGAAAAUGCUCUGGUGCACGUGAGCUCAGCUUAACAGAAACUUGCUGAUCUGAUCACAGACACAGAACAACAGCACCCAGACUCUGUUUUAAUCAUUCUCGGGGACUUUAAUAAAGCAAAUAUCUCCCGUGAACUGCCAAAAUACAGACAGCACAUCAUAUGUCCCACCAGAGACAGUGAUAUAUUGGAUCAUUGUUACACAACAAUAAAGGAGGCAUAUCACUCUGUCCCACGGGCAGCUUUAGGACUCUCUGAUCACUGUUUGGUUCAUCUUAUACUGACCUACAGGCAGAAACUGAAAUCAGCUAAACCUGUUUUAAGGACUGUUAAAAGAUGGACUAAUGAAGCAGAGCGGGAUUUACAAGCCUGUUUCCACCGCACUGAUUGGACUGUUUUUGAAGCUGCUGCCACCGAUCUGGACGAACUCUUAUAUCAGUUUCUGUGAGGAUAUGUGCAUUCCUACCAGGACUCAUUUAACCUACAAUAACGACAAACCAUGGUUCACUGCAAAACUCAGACAGCUCCAUCAGGCCAAAGAUGCUUACAGGAAGGGGGACAAAGGCUUGUAUAAACAGGCCAAAUACACACUGGAAAAGGAGAUCAGAGUGGCAAAGAGGAAUUAUUCUGAAAAAAUAAGGAUUCAAUCCUCUUCCAGUGACUCAGCAUCAGUGUGAAAAGGUCUGAAAGAGAUCACCAACUAGAAGACACCAUCCUCCAGCACUGUGGAGAAUCAACAACUGGCAGACGAUCUGAAUGAGUUCUACUGCAGGUUUGAAAAAAACACCCCACACCCGCCCUGAACACCUCUCCACACAACCAUUAACACGUCCAGCAACCCCCCUUUCCCCCACACCUGCAAAUCAGAUCAGCAAAAACGAAGUGCACCAGGUCUUCCGGAAGCAGAAAAGGAAAAAAACACCAGGCCCAGAUUGUGUUACAUCAGUCUGUCUGAAAUCCUGUGCUGACCAGCUGGCCCCCAUCUUCACACAGAUCUUCAACAGAUCACUGGAACUGUGAUAAGUCCCUUCAUGCUUCAAACGCUCCACCAUCAUCCCCAUCCCAAAGAAAUCCAAAGACCCCUCUGUCAAGCUCCUGAUAUUUGCAGACGACACCACACUUAUCGGCCUCAUUCUGGACGGUGACGAGUCUGCUUACAGACAGGAGGUUAAGGAGCUGGCUGUCUGGUGCAGUCUUAACAACCUGGAGCUCAACAUGCUCAAAACAGUGGAGAUGAUCGUGGACUUCAGGAGAAACCCCCCUGCACUCCUCCCACUCGCCAUCAUGAACAACACUGUGACUGCACUGGAGACAUUCAGGUUCCUGGGCACCACCAUCUCCCAGGAUUUGAAGUGGGGCACUCACAUUGACUCUGUUGUUAAAAAGGCCCAGCAGAGGUUGUACUACUUUCGCCAGCUGAGGAAGUUCAACCUGCUACAGUAGCUGUUGAAACAGUUCUACUCCACCAUCAUUGAAUCCAUCCUCUGCACUUCAAUAACUGUCUGGUUCAGCUCAGCUUCCAAAUCUGACCUCAGAAGACUACAGAGGGUAGUCCGGACUGCUGAGCGAAUCAUUGGUACAACCCUCCCCACUCUCCAAGAACUGUACUCAUCCAGAGUGAGCAAAAGGGCUGGCAAAAUCACUCUGGACCCCUCACAUCCAGCACACUCCCUCUUUGAACUGCUGCCGUCUGGUCACCAGAACGGCCAGGCACAGAAACAGUUUCUUCCCUCAGGCAAUCCAUCUCAUGAACACCUGACAAUAAGUGUGGAACACACACUAUUUAUACACUUAUACACUUAUUUAUCUAACACACAUACUUAGUCUACAUUUCAAUUUGCACUUAAUAUACCUGUACAUACAACGGUCUAUUGUUAUAUACCUGUACAUACAAUUGUCAAUAUGUAAAUUUUUAUUCCUUAUUUACUUGUUCUACUUUUUAGUUCUUCUUUUUUUUUUAUGUGUUUUUUGUUCUGUCACUGUUAUUCUGUUGCACUGUGGAAGCUUCUGUCAUGAAAACAAAUUCCUCGUAUGUGUAAACAUACCUGGCAAUAAAGCUCAUUCUGAUUCUGAUUCUGAUCUUUCCCCCAGGCAACUGAGAACGAAUGGGUUCAUUUAAACCCACUCGAAAAAUGUUCUUAAGGGCCACAUCAUUAAUAGCCACCAAAUGGCACAGUCCACAAAAGUCCUGAACAUAUUCUUUAUUGUUUCCCAUAUAUUGAUUUAUUUGUGGCGGUCCAAACUGACCGCCACAAAUAGAUUUUUUCAAAAAGCUUCUACUUCGUUGAAUAAACGAGCACUGCACGUUUCAAAACACGGUGCGGGUGUUUUUAUAUCACUGUAUUUCUGAAGGAAACCAAUUGUCUUCAGAAAAUUUUGGACAUUGUUUUCAUUUCAUCUGGGAUGUAAUGCCUUAUAAAGCAGCGUUUGUGAGCGGAGCACUGCUUUGUGUACAGCGUUACCGGGGAAACCGAUAUUUCUCCGCACUCUAAAAGCGCCUCCUGCUAGCAGAGAAUGAAUUUGCAUAUGUCACCACGAAUAGAGUCCAAGUCUGUGGGAAACACUGUUCCUCAGUGACCUGAUCACCUUGACGAAGGUGAAGGAGACGAACAACUGCUGGGUUCAUUUUUAUGGUCGUGUAUUAUGUAACAACUCAGUCCACUGAACGGCAAACGUAGUGAGAACCCAAGUGCAGUUUAUUUACAAACGUGAUCUAAAAUACUAACAUAAUCCGAGACUUGACUUGGCAUGGACAAACUAGACUCACCGGCAGCAGGUUACAACAUCAAUACACGACAAGAGACAAUGGAACUAAUUGGACUACUUAAGCAAACAAAGAGGGUCACAUGACAUGAACCAACCAAUGGGAAACAAGACACAUGACCUGGACAACCAAUCAGAACAUGACACAAUGAACAGAGGAACCAAUAGCAUGAAGACAUGAGGGCAAGGAAAACAUGAAACAAACAGGAACCGUGACUAAACUUCAAAAUAAAAGACAUGAAAACAUGAACCCAAAAACAAAACCCAAACCCCACAUUAC